AUGAUGAGUUCUCGUUGCUUUUUAUUUAAAAAUAUAAGGAGUUCACCAGAUUCAUUGUAUCCAAGUCGAAAAUUAAUUUUGGCUAUUAAUUUGCUACUAUCUUUUUCUUACUUGCCGAGUCAAGUAUUCAUGAAAAUCUCCAAGUUCCCACUUACCGAUCAGAAAUCGCUAACACAAACGUCUCCGAUUCCAAUAUGCGCAUCCGAUUCUAUUGGUAUUCUUAUACUAAAUCCAGAAGUCAUGUCAGAUUUACCAUUCAUUAUAUACGCAAAUGGUUAUGAAGAGGAGCUAGAAUGUUUGCAACCUUUUCCUCCUAGAUCACCACUUCUACGCCUAGAAAUUCAACUAAAAUUUGGCUUUCCAUGUGGUGUGAAUAAAAGGCGAAUGGUAUUUCCACGUGUUGGUUUAGAAUAUUCACUACGUGUUCUACUUAAUCAUAUUGAUAUAAAUGAGUUUCAAGUUCAUAUGAAUAGGAUUAGUGGUUUCCAAAAAUUACCAAAAAUUCAACAAAAUCAGCGUAUUUUUGAUAUUCAUUGCCAGUAUUUCUCUGAUAUUAAUCAAACAAUUGGACAAGUUUUGGAAAUAAGAAUACACAGUAAUUCAGUUAAUGGGCCAGUGGCUGACAAAGUAAAGUUAGGCGAUCGUGUUUUUCACAAAUGGCGCUGUGAUGAUAAAUAUGCGCUUAAAGUAUAUCGGUGUUAUGCUACAGAUGGUCGUAACAGAGAGCAUCAAAUCAUUAAUGAUCAAGGAUGUUCCACUGACACAUCUUUAAUGCCGCACCCGCAGUAUAUAGACAAUCCUUCACAAGCACUGGCAUCUAGCCGAGUAUUCCGUUUCAAUUCCUCUUCGCGAAUCUUCUUUGAUUGCUUGUUGUAUGCGUGUUUAAAAAUCGAUCCUGAAUGUCGAAGAACAACCCAACAAAAAUGUACCAGCCGCACAUCUUCAAGAGACAUCUAUAAAUUUCAAAGACAAAAGCGCGAAAUUACAUCGAAUUCGGAAAUGAUUUCCUCUGAGAGAUAUAGUAUGGCACCUCAAAUUGACAAAUUAACCGUUCGUUUGGAUACUGUUGAAGCGAGCGAAGGUUGA